UGUACGUAAUCCUUAUAUUCGAUAAUGAGAAAAGUGGUAAUUUUCAUAGCUCUGGCAGCACUGGCUGCAGGUCGUUUGAUAAAAGAUACCGAUCACAACUGGGCUCAGCUUCCGAAAGAAUUACAACCACCACGACAUCCGGUUCCUGUUUCCAGCAUCUCCAAUAGAAACGAAGCUACUCCUGGUCAAUUUCCCUACCAUGUGGCGCUCAUCGUAUACAUUCCCUCAGUAGGCCAAACCUUACGCGGAGCAUCGAUCAUAUCGAACAACUACAUCUUGACUGCAGCUAAUGGCGUCAUUGGAGCCGAGGGUGGACGCGCAAUAUUGGGAGCGCACAACUAUAUGAACAAUGAACCAUCCCAACAGUCAAUCACCUUCAGUCCAGACGGAGUAACGAUUCACCCUGAAUAUCGCCAAACGGAGUUUAAUAGCAAUGAUGUGGCUACCAUCCGAUUGAACAAUGCCAUCAUUUUCAACGAUCGUGUACUGCCAAUUAGGAUCCCAACAGAGUCAGAAUCUCGCACAUUUGCAGGUUUCAUCGGAACUAUUUCUGGGUUUGGCACGUGGCAAAAUGAGAUUCUAAGUUUUUCCACAAACCCAAUCAUUACCAAUGCCAACUGUUUGUCACAAUGGGACGAUCGAGCUGAUGUAAUUCAGCGUCAAAACAUUUGCUUGUCAGGAAACGCAGGACAAUCUACCUGCAAUACGGAUAGGGGUGGCCCUCUAGUGAUUCAGGAUGGAAAUGGCAGCCUGCUGAUAGGAAUAAUGUCUUUUCAGCCUAGAGCUGGUUGUGCUGCUGGGAUGCCAGCAGUUUAUGCCAGGGUUUCUCAUUUCCGACAGUGGAUCGUCGAAAAUUCAGACCUGGAUAAUUGAGUAUAAUUUUUGAGUAAAAUUUCUGACAAAUUACACAUUCUUCGUGUUAUUCUUAUUUUUAAUAUAACUUAUUAAUAUUUCAAAACACA